AGUACAACAAAGUUGAAAGCAGCUCAACAGCGGAGAAACAUUUACUCCAACUUGAAUAAAUUGGGGUCAUUAUUUUGGUUGAAGUAAAAUAUGAUAUAUCGUUUCGAAUGUAUUGAAACGUUGUGUGAAAAUAGUGAAUUCAAAUUCCUAUGUGAUGCAAGUUGUUAAUGGUGUUAAAGACUAGGCUAGGGAAUCACACCACAAAAGAAGUAGCCUACGAGUAUGAAGCUUUUUCAAUAAAAUAAGUUCAUUGCGAUCAGACAUAGGUAGCGAUGAACGUCAAAAACAAUAUCAGUAACACAAUUUACUUGGAUUAUAAUGCAACUACUCCAUUAGAAGAUGAAGUAUUAGAGACAAUUACAGAUGCACUGAAAAAUACAUGGGGGAAUCCCAGCAGUUCAUAUCCUGAAGGUGGAAAAGCAAAAGCCACGAUUACAACAGCAAGAAAACAAGUUGCAAAAUCAAUCAAUGCACAAUCAUCAGAUAUUGUUUUUACAUCUGGAGGGACAGAAGCUAACAAUUGGGUCAUUACUACAGCAAUUGAACAUUUUAAAAUAACUCAAGUGAAAUCUCAACACCAAGGAGAACAGAGACUCAAACCUCACAUCGUCACGACAACCAUUGAACAUGAUGCUGUGACAUUACCUCUGAUCAAUCUUAAAGACAAAGGAGAAAUAGAUGUUACGUUUGUGCCUGUUGAUAAAGAAUGUAGAUGUGUAACAGUUGAUUAUAUUGUUGAUGCAAUUCUUCCCAACACUUGCCUAGUGACUAUUAUGAUGGCCAAUAAUGAAACUGGAGUCAUUAUGCCAAUCAAAGAAAUAAGUGAAAAAAUUUCAGCUAUGGAGUCAGAAUCAUUGAGACCAUUAAUACAUACAGACGCUGCGCAAGCUCUCGGAAAAAUAUUAGUCGACGUAGAAGACUUGGGUGUUGAUUAUUUAACACUAGUUGGACAUAAGUUUUAUGGGCCAAGAAUUGGUGCUUUGUAUGUACGUGGACUUGGUGAGGGUGGAGCCCCAUUAUACCCACUGUUUUUUGGUGGAGCUCAAGAAAGAAAUUAUCGCCCCGGCACAGAGAACACUCCGAUGAUUGCCGGACUUGGUAAAGCAGUCAUGAUAGCAAAUGAUGAUCUGAAAUCUAUUUCUGAACACAUGAGAGAAAUCAGAGAUUAUUUGGAAAAAAGAUUAUUGGCAGAGUUUGGUGAUAGUAAUGUGAAAUUGAAUUGCUCUUUAGCACCAAGGUUACCUAACACAUCCAGUGUUUCGUUUAUAGGAAAAAAUAUGGAAGGAUAUAAAGUACUUCAAAAUAUCAAAGGAUUCGUCUGCAGUACUGGUUCAGCGUGUCAUUCAAAUGAAUGUAAACCGUCACAAGUACUUUUGAAUUUCCAUGUUCCAUUUGAUAUUGCAACUAACACAAUUAGGAUAUCCACAGGACGUAGCACAACAAAGGAAGACAUUGACGCUGUCGUGACGGAGCUCAAAGAUGUAAUCUCAAGUUUAUCUGAAAUUGCAAUAUAGUCACAAUUAUAGAUUAUGACAAUGCACUUCAGACGUCAUCUCAGAAGCUAUGGUCAUGGCAGUUUAUUGGACAUUAAAUGUUUUUUGGAUGGUUUUGGACCAUUUUUGGGUGGUUAUCGUUGUUUUUUAAAAAUCGCUUUUCUUCCAGAUAAUGGAUGAUUUGUUUAAAUUUUUAGUACCUAAAAUGAAAAGAGUCGCUAGAAGGCUAG